CUGCAGCAGUAGCGGCAAUAGCAACCGGACGGGAACAACAGCAGCAUCAGCAAGGGCAUCAGCAGCAAGCAGAUGGGUGACGUGACCCAGCGGCAGCGCGUUCGCCACCGGUUGCUUCAGAGGUUCACGGCUCGAAUCCCGCGGCCGCCCUGGUUAUUACCGCGGUGGUGUGGUAACCAUCGCCGUACUACGCGCCGCCUGUUUCACAGUGGACGUGAAAGAUCAUCGAUGUCAUUCGCAAGAGCUGGCCAUUGCGUGCCAGCGUCAGGGUUCCACAUUUGACCAAAUUAAAAACAUUUAUUAGACCCGCGAAUCGCUCGAUCGGGAUUACACACCGCAGCAGCAGCAGCAGUCCCCUACUGAGAGCAGAAUGACGCCCCGCAGGUGUGUCAGCCUCUUGAGUCACCUUGCAACGUCGCUGUCCUAAAUACUUGCGCCAAUUCACUGCAGGAUACAAGGGCUUAUUUGUUUGCAAAGAAGUGUGUAGCGUGGUGGUACAACCGCCUGGGGUGUCACUCACCACUCGCUCACGUUAGUCGUGCCGCAAAUCCAACUCGGGGCGCCACAAUCAUCAAUAUCAAAACGAACUUAAUAGUAUUGCACAAUUCGUGCAAAUGAUGGAAUACAGAGAGCUUUACAGGCCAAAGUAAAAGUGACUGACGCAAUAUAAACAACAAUAAUGAUACAUUUUUUAAAAAAUGCCUAACAUAAUACACUAGAUGUAUAAUAAAAAGCAUAAUAAACACACAAUAAUAGCAUCCUAAUUAAAAUCCCUUCUAAAAAGGGUGCGUUUUAAGAUUUCGUUGAAAAACAUUCACUAAUUUUGAUGCCCUCAGAUCCUCAGGCAGGCCGCCCCAAGGCGAGAAUCACACAACCUGAAGGCUGCCUCCCGAACAGCCUUGGUGCUGCCCUUUGGCACAGCCAAGAGACCAGUGCCAGAAGACAUAGCGCAGUGCGUUAACCACUGCGCCACCGCUCCUCUUGCCCCCCCCCCCCACCACCAUCACUGGCCGUCCUUCGUGAAUAGAUGUAUUUAUAAAGAGUGCUCACAAAUAGCCACGUGCUCGCUCUCCUGGUCUGCCAAUUCAAUUCGCUACCGCAGUGACAUAAAGUCCCUGCCGUGUCACUCAAUGAGACACAGCCAUCGGAGACCUCUGUGGUCUCGUUGGUGAAACCCGAAAUUAGACCGGAGGGACCGGUGGCUAAUUACGGGGUGAGGGAAGGGCGUGGCAUUUGUGAUAGAGGGGUUCCCAAACUGACCAUCGGAGUAACACAAUUCUAUUUAUACUCUUUGGUUCUUUCGGUAAAGUCACGUAGGUAGAAAAUAAUAAUAGAUCACGACGUUUCGAUCGCCACACAAGCAAUCGUCUUCAGGUGGGAGAGAGAAGAUUCCUGCAGUCACGAAAGCUUCAAAUCAAUAAAAAAUAUAUAUUUUUUGUACACAUCCCAUCAGCCACACAGCGACACUACGAAGGGUGGCGGCGAAGUAGGGGAAGCCGUCAUCCAACAGUGGAUCUUUCAUGGCUGAAUAGAGUGAUGUGCGUUGUGUGUAGACGUGACGUGAAGCGAUGGGAGCAUUUAACCUGGCAGUGGUUACGAGACAAAGCAGUGUCGACAUGGAGCCGGCGACCUCUUGACCUUGACCGAAUUUCCCCGCGCUAGACAUCGCAGUGAUCGGAUUGCGCGUGUGGGCCCACCUCCUCCCGCAUGUAUGUUUGUUGCACUUCUUUCGCACCGUACGUAGCCAACCGUGCGAAUACGGAAACCCCUCGCGUGCCGCCGCAACACACGUCGAGUUGCAGCGAAGAAAGUACGAGGCAGAUUUUGCGGAAAGUCUGGAGCUCUCGGGACAGGCCUGACCGGUCAGUGCGGGUUAUUUCCGACUCAGUUCCGCGUUCUCCGCUUUCUGAGUCGUCCUGAAGCGACAGAGUCCAGCGACGCGUCCGUGUGCAUUGCUGCGUUGCUGCUGCUGCUGGUUUGUCGGUGGUGGUGGCGGCGGUGGUGGAGACUUCCAGGAUGGCUGAGUCAAGCUUUGCUCGACUGCUGAAUUCGGAUCAUCUGGAAGCGAGGCUGCGAACUCUCGUGUUUUAUCAUGGGAAGCUGCCAAGACACAAUGCCGAGGCCCUGCUGCUUGCGAAUGGGACAACGGGGAGUUUCCUCCUGAGGAGGAGCAAGGAGCCAGGGAAGUAUGUGGUGUCAGUCAGGACCAGCAGUAACGUCCUCCACUUUGUAGUGGAACUCAAUGUCGACGGGGAGGUCACCUUCGGAGAAAAGAAGUUCUCCAACAUGGAGAAGUUCAUGAUUCACCUGCAGGGGCAGCCCAUGGUCGGCAGCACCGAAGCAGGCACGGUGGUUUUCUUGUCAACGCCGUACCCAGGCGUCGUGGACGAGCCCAGCAUCUACACCCGCCUCAGCGUCCACCACGAGGGAGGGACGUUUCCCUUGAAAAUGCCCAUGACCCCUGACCGCGUGUACUCGCUGGCAGGCAAGUCUGGCUACAUGGUGAAACAGGGGGGCCGCGUGAAGAGCUGGAAAAAGCGCUGGUUUGUUCUGGAACGCAACGAGCUCAAGUACUACAAUAAUCGAGAGGAUACAAAGCCGAUCGACACCUUGCUUAUAUCACGGUGCUCUAAAGUGCAGCAGGACAUCAGCCAGAACAAGAGCAACUGCUUCAGCUUGGUAUUUCCGGAACGGACUUACUACAUGCAGACAACCACAUCCGAAGAGCGACAGCAGUGGAUGGAGCUCAUACAGUUCAAGAUGAACCCGGGGAACAAGCACAACUGCCUAUGAAGCCCUGCCCACGUGGCCCACAGCUUCACCCUCCCACCAGCUUCCAACUACAGCUUUGCCCUGUCCACAACCGCCCCCCUGUGGAACCUCUUCCUGGCCAGGGUUGACACCAGUGAUAAGUGAUACCAGAACUGGUCCCAAGCAGCUUUAUGUGUGUUCAACAGACUCACACGACCGACAAGGCGUGGGGAGAGUCAAGCUGCAGUGGACUGACAAAUGACUGUAAACUAUGAAUACAAUUUAAACAAAACUUAUAAGCAAGAGUAUAACAUUGAGUAUAUAUGUUUGGUGCAAACUAUAGCCUUGGUAACCUAUACAAAAUCAUUAAAGAUUUCUAUUCCAGUAUUUAACAAUCGUCAUAUUGACUUAAAGCUUUCGUGACUGAAGGAAUUCAUAUUCUUUGGGUCUUUCGGUAAAGUCACUUAGCUAGAACAAUAAAAUACAAAAAAUAAUACAAAUAUCAUGUCAUCAGGAGAAAAAAGGGACGAUUGCUUGUGUUGUGAUCGAAACGUCGUGAUAGUUUUAUUAAUUUGUAUUCACUUUUUCAUUUUUAUUAUUUUGUUCUAUGUGACUUUUCCAAGAGACCCAAAAGAAUAAUCGUAUUAUUAAUAAAGCACAUAACUGUACUGUAAAAAGCUUUACUCAAGAAUGAAUACAUUUAACAUUGUGGAAAUUUGGUUUUUAAAUAAGAGCAGUUGCAGAGGUCAUGUGAAACCAUUAAAUGUACAAAUAAAAAGCGUACUCUUAUACUCGUGCAGUUAUAUGCAUGUAUCGGGAGCUUAAGAAUAAAUAAUUAAUGCAUUUCAUCCACCUCGAUUGGUUUGGUGUUUUUGUAAUAACCCGCACAGGUGAGGCAGUUGAUGGCAAUGAGGGCUUAUUCUGCUACUGCAAAUGAGGAUUCUGGUACUGCUGCUGUUAGUAUUGACAAUGCUGAUGCUGGAGCUAAACAAGCAAAAAAUGUUUUUGAAAGUAAAAAAAAACCUCAACAGUAAGCACUCAUCCCCCACGUGACUCAUCUCACCCAUGUGACUCCCAUCAAAGCCCCCACUUACGAGAAAAAUAAUAAAGACAAGUUACUGACUCCUCUCUCUACCAGUCUCCCUCAUCCUGCCCGCAUCUCCCUCAUCCUCCCCAUGUCUCCCUCCUCCCCUUAUAUCCCUCCAUCUCGUCUCCCUCCUCCUCGGUGUAGGCUAAGUAUGCGUGUACCGUAUGUGCGAUGCUACUUGUGGGGAGCGGUGGCGUAGCGGUUAGUGCGCUUUGCUACAAACCCGGGUCCUGGGUUCCCGCUCACGGUCGACACCAGUGACAAUUAUCUGAACUGGUAUUGGGCCUCACCUCGGUCAACUUGUGUAAACAUCAACACUAGGGAGACGAAGGUAGAUGGGCAUGGCGUUGGCCACCCACCCUCAUGUGUCGUGGCGGCCUUCAUAGGUGUUCGCUAACAGCACUUGCUCCAACUGUCCAUUACGGCUAUACGGGGGGGAUCUUUGUCUUUGCGAUGCUACUCCUGCUGCUGAUGAUGUUGCUCAUGUUUUUCUUUUCGGAUAUUGUUGUCGAUGAUGAAGUUUUACUUUCGCGAUUGCGGAUUUUUCUG